CGGACUUCAAGCGGCGAGAAUAACUGAAUUGGCCCGCCCGAGGCCAGUCUUGCGGUAAUUGCCAACAGACUUCCUUCCCCAUGAAGCUUCCAUUUGGCCUCUUAGAGGUCGUAUUUGGCCUGUUCCUCGCUGUCAAUGCCUUGACUCUGCAACCCGAUGCUCUGCAGCACAUUUUUGGUCCCGUUCGUCCAGAGGCUUCGGGAAUAGCUAGGGCAAAGCAACCGAAUAUCAUUCUUGUAAUCACGGACGACCAGGAUCUCAAGUUGGACUCUGUUGAAUUUACUCCACACAUAACACACCACUUGAGAGACAAAGGGACGUUUUUCAGUAACCAUUUCGUCACCACUGCUGUCUGCUGCCCUUCCCGAGUGAGUCUCUGGACCGGGCUUCAGGCUCACAACACUAAUGUCACGGACGUCAAUCCUCCAUACGGUAUGCAAUCUAAUCUGGAUUCAGGGGGCUAUCCCAAGUUUGUGGCGCGAGGAUUCAACGACAACUUCCUCCCAGUGUGGCUGCAAAACGCCGGGUAUGACACUUAUUAUACCGGGAAACUGUUCAAUGCCCACACGGUAGACAAUUAUCAUAGCCCAUAUGUGAAUGGGUUUACUGGGUCGGACUUUUUACUGGAUCCUUUCACCUACUCAUACUUAAACUCAACCUAUCAGCGCAACCGCGAUGCACCGGUCAGCUAUGAAGGCCGACAUACCAUGGAGGUAACCACAGAGAAAGCCUUGGGUUUCUUGGAAGAUGGUCUGGAUGGCAGUCGUCCAUUUUUUCUUGCUGUUGCACCCAUCGCUCCACAUUCCAACGUGGAUGUCGGUGAUCUUAAGGGAAAGUCAUCCACGGUCAUGACAGAGCCCAUUCCUUUGGACCGACAUAAAGAUUUAUUCAGGGGUGCAACUGUUCCCCGAACCGACAACUUUAACCCGGAAGAGCCAAGCGGGGAGAGUUGGAUCCGAGACCUCCCCCGACAGGAUGAGGCGACGCUACAAUACCACGACCAUUUCUAUCGCCAACGCUUGCGUGCACUGCAGGGCGUGGAUGAACUGGUAGAUGCGUUGGUGACUCGACUUGAAGACAGUAACCAGCUGGAUAACACGUAUAUUAUUUACACUUCUGAUAACGGCUACCACAUUGGACAACACCGCUUGCCUCCGGGCAAAACAUGCGGAUAUGAAGAGGACAUCCGCGUACCGUUUUUUAUUCGAGGCCCAGGAAUACCGGAAGGUCGAACUGAGGAUGCUGUUACCACGCAUAUUGACUUUGCGCCGACAAUCUUUCAAUUGGCACAGAUACCUUUGCGGGAGGACUUUGACGGGACACCUCUUCCCCUCUUUGCAGGGCGAGGGCACGAAUACACACGGCAUGAGCAUGUAACUGUCGAAUUUUGGGGUCUAUCAUAUUUGGAAGGAGAAAAAGGUGCUUUGGGUGAGCCUCCUGGGUUUUCGCCCGUUGUCACAAAUCAUACGUACAAAUCGCUUCGGAUUAUUGGCGAAGGCUAUAACCUUUACUAUUCUGUCUGGUGCAACAACGUGCAUGAGUUGUAUGAUCUUUCGAGCGAUCCGUAUCAGAUGAAGAAUUGGCUCUCAUCGCCACGACAGCUAAACGAUGCAAAAGAGAACACGAUCCUCGGGUACUCCCUGUUCCAGGUAAUCUCACGCCUAGAUGCCAUUCUUCUUGUCCUUAAGUCCUGCAAAGGCGCGUCUUGCAUCGAGCCUUGGGGCGUCCUACACCCGGACGGGUCUGUUCAGAGCCUACAAGAUGCACUCAGGUCGCAGUAUGACUCGUUCUAUCCCUUUCAACCCAAGGUAUCAUUUGACCGUUGCGAACGAGGGUAUAUUCCCGAAUCAGAAGGUCCACAGGAAGCAGUUCCGUAUUCCAGAUACGGUCUGACUUGGGAUGCCUGGGUUUAAGGAUCAUGGCGGACUGGGAAGACUCUACAUAUGAUCAGUAAUGAUGGCAUAUAUUAGACUUUGGGUAGAAUCACGCUGGACUUCAGUCCACACUAUAGCCCUGUAUCAAUCUGCUCUCCAAGGUAUUCCCAACAUUGGUUGGCUCUCUGCGUAUACCGCAAACCACCCCAGGAAC